UAGAAAGCCAUCAAGAUGGAUGUUUCGGAGUCGGAUUGGGUGACGAGGGCCAUCGAGAACGUGGACAGGUACCUGCACCGCGGCGGGCGCUGCCAGGGCGACGUGCCGCAGUUGCUGGGCGGCACCGACCUGCUCAAUACGAUCGGCAUGGCCAUGUGCCUACCCUUCCGCGACCCCGCGCGCUGGACCGACGCCGAGAUGCGCCUCGCGCUCGAUAACCGCCUCGUCUACUACGAGGGCACCGCGCGCGAGGCCAUCGACGUGGUGGCCGCGCAGAUCCGCAGCUGUUGCGGCGGGGACGACAAGAACUUCAUCACGGUGCUGCCCAUCGAGCUGUACUACCAGGGCAAGCUGUACGAGGUGCCGCUGUUCCGCGUCCGCCGCUACAAGGACAGUGGCCGCAAGUACUACGUCGACAACGUCGGCCGCAGCUACGACUCCGUCUCCGACUGGUACGAUAACAGCAAGCUGCCGCCCUGCAAGAUGGGCUACCCGCACAACCUCGAGCUCAAGCUGCGCCCCGGCUACGACUACUCUCACAUCCUGAUAUCCUCGACCCCGCCCGCGCGGAGCGGCGCCCAGGCCGUGCGCGCCGUCGACACGGUUGCGGCGGUGGCCGGCAUCGGUUCCGGCAUCGGGCUGCUGUUUGCAAGCGGCGGGCUGGCCGCGCCGCUGGUGGUGACCGGCGUGGCUACGGCCCUCUGGGGUACCGGCCGCUCCACUGUGCAGCUCGCCGACCGCGCCAUGCACGGCGAGACCGUCAACCCCUUCACGAACGCGGAGUCACGCAUGAUGUGGCUCGGCGUCGCCGCCAACCUGGUCAGCUUCGGCGCGAUGGGCGCCUCCAUGCGACUGGCUUCGCUCGCCGCGCGCGGCCAGACCAUAUCCAACGCCUUCAGGAUUUUCGUCAACGUGGCCAACGGAACCACGGUGGCCGUGAGCGGGCUCGCCAUCCUCGACACGACAGUGUUUCUGUGCAACCACAGCGAGGAUCUUUCCGCUUCCGACGUUCUCAUGCACGUCGCGUCGAUCGCCUUCUGGACGAAGGGCCUCUUCACCUAUAAGACGGCGGGCACCAUCAUCCGUGACGCCGAGAACUUUGCCUUCGCGCACAUCGGUCGCGAGCUGAGCGGCGACCAGGCCACCGAGCUGACCCAGCUGCGCGUGCGCUUCGGCGACGACGCGCAGCUGCUGCGCGAAUUCUAUCGGGCGGCGCGAGAACACAACAUCUCCGUCCGCAGCUUCUCGCAGAUCCUGCUCGACGCUGGCUCCCACGGCAACCUGCAGUUCGACGGCCGGGGCAAUCUGAUCCUGCCCGGCGGGCAGACCUACUCGUUCGACUUUCUCAGCCGGCUGCCGGGCAACGUGCGGCAGCACUACUUCGACAUCGUAACCAACCUGCGCCCGGACCAGACCGAGGUGUUCGAGAGCUUCCGGCGCUUCGUGAACGACGACAUGAACCUGAUCACGGGGCUGGACCGCGUCGCCAGCCGCUACAACGUGAACGCGCGCCAGGCCACCGAGGGCGUCAUCGACUUCUGGCGGCGCUACAGCCAGAUGAACCUGCCGGGCGGCGCCGAGGUGUCGAUCCAGGAGGGGCAGCUGGUGCUGGGCACGGCGCCGCCGAUCAGCAUCCCGCAGCUGCCGCACCUGUCGCAGCCGCUGGUGCGCUUCAUCGGCGAGCACCUGAGCCGCAUGGACGCGCCGACGAGCCGGCACUGGCGGACCGCCAUGCCCGUGCUGCUCACCCUCGAGAGCAGCGGCCUCUUCACGGCGUGCCCGGUGACGCGCAUCGUGAGCAGCGGGCGCGCGGUGGUCUCUCUCAACGGGCAGCUGCACGUGAGCAUCUACCGGCUGCAGGCUAUGCCGGCGGAGGAGUGCCGGCGCAUAUUCGUGCUGGUGGGCGCGCUGCGGGCGGGCGUCACCGUCGAAGGGCUGCCCCCCGAGCUGGUGCGACUCGCGGUGCAGCGCCACCGGCUGCGGCUGGAGGUGCACCGCGCGGAGAGCGUGGCUUGGGCGCGCGAGCAGGCCGCUCGCAGCCCCGCGCUGCUGCGCCUGCUGGCCGGCGAGGGGCUGCUGGCGCACGAGCGCGACCGCCUGUACACGUUCCGUGCAACCGUGGACACGUACAAGGCGGCGCCAUACAUGGAGCGCAUGCUGGCCUUCGCGAGGGAGAUGGCGCCGCGCAACGUGGGCGAGUUGGUCGCCUACUGCGAGUUCGUCGUCAAGUACGUGGAGACGGAGAAGCUGGCGGUGGAGCGGCGGCUGCGCGACGGCACCCUCACGCUGCCCAAAAACGUCAGGAAGGCCGAGUGGACCAGAAGUAAAGCGAGCGAGGCGGUGUUCCGGGACACGAGCGCGAUGCGGCAGAAGCUGGGCGAGCUACUGGAGGUGGUGCAGCGCGAGGACAUGGUGGGCGCGGCGGAGGUGCGGGCGGGGUGCGGGGACGCGGAGCUGGUGUCGGCGGCGCGGGGGGUGCGCGUGAGGUUCGGCAGCGCGGUGUCGGCCGCGUACCACAUCUUCAAGCACCCCACGGAGCCCCUCGCCGCGUACGUGAGACUCGCCAACGAGACCAUCCGCAGCUCCGCCACGAGGUGGUCGGUAACGCUGACGCAGGACGGGGACGCGCGCUCGCUGCGCUUCGAGAGCGAGGCGGGCUCCUGCGUGCUGCUGGAGCGGGACGGCCGCCUGCUGCUCUGCACCUUCUCCCCCAGGUGAAUGUUUCCACUUCAGUCACGAAACAGGUACGUGGAGGCAAGAUGUGCUCAUGAUGACUCCAUGUCUGUUGGCUGAUGGUAAAUCUGUUAGAAAACGGUAUCAUUUGUCGGUUCUAUUUAAAGUAAUAACCAUGACUUCUGAAACAUUUUAAGGUUACCUUUUUGAUAUAUUUUUGUUAGUUAUGUAAGUCUAGAAAUAUUUUUGAUGUCUUUUAUACUUUUCAUUGCAUUUAUUUUAUAUGAACAGUAGCUAAGGAUCCGCGACUUUGUUGUCGGAGGAGACAAUUAAAAAUAAAUUAUUUUUAUAAAAAAAAAGGAUUUUGGACUUACGCUCAUUUUUACGUUUUUUUAUUUGUAUAACGUUUUGUAAAUUAGUAAUUGUAAAAGUUUAAGCCUAUACGUAAUAACUUAUAAUUUUAAUGAUUUUUGCUGAAUAAUAUGUUUGAAAAAUGUACUUGUAUCUUAUCUUUUGUAAAAGUUUUCUUGUCUGAUUCUAUCAUUUAAUGUUUCGUUUUUUAUGUCAUUAUUAUUAAAUGAUCAUAAGGUCCCCUUCGUACACAAGGCUCGCCGCCACCGCCUUAUUAUACAAAAAGGCGACGGAAAUAUUUGAAACCCGGUGAUUUUAGACGCUCAGUGACACGUCAUGCAAUGUCAAACAAAUUCGUAUACACAGCGCGCGUCGUCGACAUUGUAUUUUCACAUCAUCACCGGUCGCUCGCAACCUCGCAUCGCUAAUAUCAUCGUGAGAAAAGCCAUUACCGAAUAGACGACACGUCGACGAUUCAGCAGUGUAUUUUCUUUUAUAUCAUAAGGUGGCAAACGAGCGAGCGGCCACCUGAUAUCGCUGAAAUAGCGAAGUGACCGUUG